CUUCAGUUCACUUUUUUUCAGUUGUCGGGCUUUGUAUAACCAAUUUCAGUGUAAUUUGUAACAGAAGAGUCCAAGUCUGUCUUCAUAGAGAUGGCCACAAUGAAAACACUCUGGGUAUCACUCGCUCUUUUAUCUGUCCUUCUGGUGGCUGUUCAAGGCCAACGUGAUUGCACGCCCGCUGAUUUUACCAUUCUGCAUCCUGAAUCUCCAAUUUAUUCCGUUCUGGAACAGAAUGUUAGCUUGAGGGCUUUUAUACCUGAUACCACAAUUAUCCUCUACAAAGGCUUGGAAACUACUACUCCAAAUCGAAUAAACUGUGCAGUUUCCAAGUGCAGUCUUGAUACAAAUUCUGGAGAAUUAACAUUUCAUAAUUUCCAGCCAUCGAAUGCUAGUAACUAUACGAUGCUAUUCACUAAGGGUGUCGAUCCUACUUGUGUAUACAGAUUUGCUCUUGUGAAAGCUGUUGCACCGUCUUUAAGUGAGACACAACUAAAUUAUACAAUUGAUAAAGAUUCUGGUGAAUUGUCACUCCAGCCCAUGGUGAGCCCUGGGAUACCUCCUGCUGAAGUCCAUUGGUAUCUGAAUGAUCAGAAUAUUUCAGUCGGUAAUACAUUCACAUUUGAUUCUCCUCCUGUGGCAUCAGAUCGCGGCAUAUAUACUGCUAAUAUAUCUAACCUUGCUGGCUCCGCUAGUCUCUCUUACACUAUAACAGUUAGAUUUGAUCCUAUUAUAACAUUGGAAAUUACUGAAACUACAGCCACGGACUAUAUAAUUCAUUGUAGAGCUAUAGCCUAUCCUCAAAUAGAAACUAUAGAGCUAUUUGAAAUAAGACCUGAUGGUACUCUUCUUAAUCUACAUCUAGAAGCUGGCGCUACUUCUACUACAAGUAAUCAACUUUCUUCUAAUCUUGACUAUGAAGGAACUGCUACAUUUGCUGGCACUGAAAAUUGCCCCAAGAACUACAGAUGUAGAGUGUCCACUUCUUAUUCGAACGGAAUUAAUAAUACUGGGACGUGCUUGACUAGUAAGUAUACUUGUACGCAUGCAUAUUUAUUAAAGUUCUAGUUCUUCACAUGCUGUGUGUAAU